CGUCCGCGGGCGACGGUUGCCGCGGUGACGGGUAACGGCGGCUCGGAGCCGCGCUCGGCCGAGCUCGCGCUGCGGGGCGGCUGCCGGCCGAGCCAUGGAGGUCAGCCUGGCCCGCGUGGACUACCUGCAGGUGGGCGUCACGGCGCAGAAGACCAUGAGGCUGCUCCCCGCGUCGGGCCGCAGGGCCACUCAGAAGGUGGUGGUGGGCGAUCAGGACGGAGUGAUUACCUGCUUCGGCAUAAAAAAGGGGGAACCUGCGACGGUGUUCAAAACACUGCCCGGCCCCAAAAUCGCACGCCUGGAGCUGGGAGGAGCUCUUAACACACCCCAAGAGAAAAUCUUUGUGGCCACGGGAUCGGAAGUCAGAGGUUUCACAAAAAGAGGGAAGCAGUUCCUCUCCUUUGAAACUAACCUCACUGAAGACAUCAAAGCUAUGCACAUUUCAGGAGCAGAUCUCUUUCUUUGUGCAAGCUAUAUCUAUAACCACUACUGCGACUGCAAAGACAAACACUACUACUUGUCAAGAGAUAAAAUCAAUGAUGUUCUCUGCCUUCCUGUAGAUAAAGUGAAUUGUAUUACCCCAGUGCUUGCGUGUCAGGAUAGAGUCCUCAGAGUUUUACAGGGAUCUGAUCUACUGUAUGAAGUAGAAGUUCCUGGACCACCUACUGUUCUUGCUCUAAACAACGGAGAUGGAGGUGAUUCUGGAGAAGAAAUUGUAUAUGGAACUUCUGAUGGUAAACUGGGGCUUAUCCAGAUUACUGGUUCUGCUUCUGUACCUAAGUGGGAAAUUGACAAUGAAAAAAAGAGAGGAGGUAUCUUAUGCAUUGAUAGUUUUGACAUUCUGAGAGAUGGAGUUAAAGAGUUACUCGUUGGGCGAGAUGAUGGAGUGCUGGAAAUCUAUAGCUUUGAGAGUGCAGAUGAUCCUGUCCUUCGGUAUGAUUAUGUUUUAUCAGAGAGCAUUUCAUCAAUCCAGGGUGGCUGUGUAGGAAAAGAUGGUUAUGAUGAAGUUUUAGCAUGCACGUAUUCAGGCUGGCUGACAGGACUGACUACAGAACUUGCCUAUAGAGAAGGUGGAUCAGGUGAAGAGCUAAAACUAAGUCAAGAAAUGCAGAGCAAGAUUUCAUCCUUAAGGAAUGAAGUGGAACACUUACAGAUGAAAGUACUUGGUGAACGUGAGAAGUACCAGCAGUCUUCUCAGUCCAGUUCUGCUGUUUCAUCAGUACCUGCAUUCAGUGUGAAUGAUAAGUUUACACUAAAUAAAGAUGAUGCUAGCUACAGUCUCAUCUUGGAGGUGCAAGCAGCUAUAGAUAUUAUCCUGGUGCAGAGUGAUGUCCCUGUAGACUUGCUGGAUGUGGAUAAAAAUUCUGCUGUUGUUAGUUUUAGCAACUGCGAUUCUGAUCCAAAUGGCAACUGUCUUCUUGCCACUUACAGAUGCCAAGCAAAUACUACAAGACUUGAACUUAAGAUUCGAUCAAUUGAAGGACGAUAUGGGACACUUCAAGCAUAUGUAACUCCAAGAAUUCAACCAAAAACCUGCCAAGUUUAUCAAUACCAAAUUAAACCCCUUUCACUGCAUCAGAGAACUCAUUCUAUCGACCAUGACAGGCCAAUGAAUACGCUGAUGCUCAAAGGACAAUUCAGUUUUGCUGAAAUUCACUCUUGGGUUGUGUUUUGCUUGCCUGAAGUCCCUGAAAGGACUCCACCUGGAGAGAGUGUCACCUUUUAUUUUCAAAACACCUUCCUGGGUACCCAGCUUGAAAGUACUUACAGAAUAGGUGAGGGAUGUUUCAAGUCUGACAAUAUUUCUACAAUAUCCAUCCUAAAAGAUGUUCUUUCCAAAGAGGCUACUAAAAGGAAGAUUAAUCUCAACAUAUCAUUUGAUAUAAAUGAAGAAUCUGUGAGGCAUACAUUAAAACUCAUCCACCCCAAAUUAGAGUAUCAGCAGCUGUUGGCCAAGAAGGUUCAUUUAAUAGAUGCUUUGAGAGAAUUACAAGUUCAAGAAGGAAACGUGGACUUCUUGGUGCCAGAAUACCGCUGUAUUUUGGAAGAGGCAGAUCAACUGCUUGAGGAAUACAAGAAACAACCUGCACAUCUUGAGAGGCUUUAUGGUAUGAUCACAGAUCUCUUCAUAGAUAAAUUUAAAUUUCGAGGCACCAACGUGAAGAGCAAAGUUCCUCUCCUGCUGGAGCUGCUGGAUGGCUGUGAGCAGGACCGGCUGAUCGCGUUCUUUGAGGCUGCAUCCUGAGCGGGAAGCGAGGAGAGAGCGUGCAGUGCUGCCUGUCCUUCCUCGGCUCGUUUCUUUGUUUGGUUAAAUCGCGGUGUUACAGGUGGUUUUGAUGGAAGGAAAAGUCCUCUUUUUUUGUAAUGCCAGUUCCUUCGUGUGCUCUAUUGCCGUGCUGAGUGCGGUAGUCACUUCCAGUUCGUACAGAUCGCUCCCGUGCGAAGCUGCACACGCGUUCCUAUGCGCGCAGCUGAUCUUUGCACCUCAAGCGAACGUACAGAAACAGCCGUAACCACCAGCCUUUUUCCAGAAUGCAUGUUCAGUACUGUUAAAAGCUAUGCACGGGGAGCAGGGGGGUAGGAAUGUAAGAACGAUGUUUUUAAAACGCGCUUAGAAGCCUGUACGCCCGAAACUCGAGUUUUUAAUUAAAGCUUAAUUAAAGUUUCUAAACCAAGUCGCGCU